GAUCUUUAAGGCUUGCUUGUUCCAUUCCAGCUUGAACCUCAUCGUUGCUUAAUACCAGGUACGAUUGUCAAACGUACUCAAAUCUUUUUUAAAUAUAAAAAAUGAAAUAAAAAUUCCUCAUCUCAAAAUUUGAAUUUUGAAACUGUGUUUUCUUUGGUGGGGAGGGCGAAACUCAAACCUCGCAAAUCCACUUUAUUAUUGUUAUUCGUGGGCCACUAAAAUUCAGUUUUACCCGUUUAUCACUGCAGUGGAGUGUGGACUAAGUAUUAUGUUAGUAUGAGCACUGUAUACGAAACUCGUUAUCAAAAGUCGCUUCGCCGGUCGAAUGCGUAGUAACGCACGUGGUUAAACUUCUCGGAUGCUGCCUGCUAAUCAAAACUUUAUAAAAGGCCAUCGCAGUACUACGGCAUCAUCGCGCGAUCCUCGCUCUCGCACAGCACAUCCUCGAUCACAAAAACGGACACCAUAAUGUCGAACCCAAAAGAAGCAGUGAGGUGUACAUCAUCCCAACUCGAUCCAGAAAAUAUCACAACGGUGUCGUCUGCAAAAGAUAUGAUUUCCGUAAUAGUUGGUGGGUAUAAACUUGGAAAACUCAUUAUUGAGGGAAAAACAAAACAAGUUUUCGACUUGCCAAAUGAGCCUGGUCUCUGCCUUCUAGUAAACAAGAACAGGAUUACAGCGGGAGAUGGUGUCAAAGCUCAUGAUAUGGAAGGAAAAGCUGCUAUCUCUAAUCAGACCAAUGCUAAAGUUUUCGAGAUUUUGAAAUCUGCUGGUAUUAAGACCGCCUUUGUUAAGAUGGUGUCAUCAACAUCAUUCGUCUCCAAGAAAUGUGAUAUGGUCCCGAUAGAAUGGGUUACGCGUCGCUUGGCUACUGGUUCAUUCUUAAAGAGAAAUCCGGGAGUUCCAGAAGGAUUUAGGUUUUCUCCUCCAAAGCAGGAAACAUUUUUCAAAGAUGAUGCUAACCAUGAUCCCCAGUGGUCUGAAGAACAGAUUGUUUCUGCUAAGUUCAACAUUAACGGACUUUUGAUUGGUCAAGAUGAGGUAGACUACAUGCGCAAAUCCACAAUUCUAGUCUUUGAGAUAUUGGAGAAAGCGUGGGCACUCAGGGACUGUGCUUUGAUUGAUAUGAAGAUUGAAUUUGGAGUAGAUGCCGAAGGUAAUAUCCUCCUUGCUGAUGUAAUUGACUCAGAUUCAUGGAGAUUGUGGCCCUCUGGCGAUAAGAGGUUGAUGGUUGACAAACAGGUUUACAGGAAUCUCACCAAUGUUACUGCCGCUGACUUAGAUACUGUGAAACGCAAUUUUGCGUGGGUGAAAGAUCAGCUUGAUCAUUUGAGGCCAACUAUCCACCACAAGGUGGUAGUUUUCAUGGGGUCUCCUGCAGAUCAAGAACAUUGUCAAAAGAUAGCAAAGGCUGCUCGUGAUCUUGGUUUGGAUGUAGACCUUCGCGUUACCUCAGCACACAAAGCUACAGAAGAGACAUUGCGCAUUAUGCAGCAGUAUGAAGAUACCCAUGGCGCUUUGGUGUUUAUCGCUGUAGCUGGUAGAUCUAAUGGCUUGGGGCCUGUACUUUCCGGAAAUACUUCCUACCCAGUUAUAAACUGUCCACCACCGUCUGAUAAACUUGUUCAGGAUAUCUGGUCAUCACUCUCUGUUCCAUCUGGAUUGGGCUGUGCUACGGUUAUCUACCCGGACAGUGCUGCACUUAUGGCUGCUCAAAUUAUUGGACUCCAAGAUUACUUAGUUUGGGCUCGUCUCAGAGUAAAACAGCUGGAAAUGGCUGCAUCUUUGAGACAAGCUGAUAAAAAACUAAGAAACGUCACAGCUUAAAGGGGCUUGAUAUUUUAAUGAACUGAAAACGUAUUUUUACAUAUAGUAGUAUAGUACAGUAUAUUUUAGUUUGUACAGUAUUUUUGGCUAGGCGAGAAAAAUUAUGAAUAAAAUACUUGUAUCUUUCACCAUUAUAACUGUUAUUUUAAUUGCAUAAGUAAUAUUAACACAUAAAUCUAUUUUGGUAAGAUAAGUUUUAUACACGGAUAUAAUCUCAAUAUGUUGUAACAUUCCAACAAAUAAAGUGCUAUAUUUUAAUUGUAUUGUUUAUUCACUAAAAAACCUUUCUGCUUUUCAUUUGACUAAAAAUGUGUUUCUGCACAGUUAUGCCACCAGCCAGACGAUGCAAGCAACGAUCAUAGGUCAUCAUAUAGAUUAUAGGUAUUAUUAUGUAUGAUGAUAAAUCAAUUUUCAUUAUGUACCAGUGUUCAUUACUUUUCUGUUAUACAA